AGCCCCAUUGGAAAGAGUUAUUUUUAGCAUGUGGUGAAGGAAAAGGUGUUUCAAAUGUCAAUUUUCUGGAAAAUAUAAUUGGAAAAUGCAAUGUUGUUUGCACUGCAAGGGACAAAAGAAAUCUUGAGCCAUCAGAAGCAGAGCUAAAGACGGCAGACUUUUUUUUCAAGCAUUGCUUUGAUGUUAGCUGCCUUUCAAUAAUGGAUAAAUUUGCAGAUCUUAUUGGUGGAGUCAAAGUGGAGGAAAUCUUCAACAGGAAGAAGGUUCAAAAGAUCAGUAAUCUGAUACCAAGGCCUGGAAUUUUGGUUAAGAAGAGGACUGAUCCUUCUUGUAUGCCUCGACCCCAAUGUGAUGAUAAAGCAGAAGCGAGGCCUGACAUUGUGAAAAAGAACAAGCUAUUAAAUUCUUUUCCAUACAAAAAGAGGAAGGUGAUAGAACAUAAGCUGUCUGGCAGUCAAAGUAAAGAAUCUACUGUGAAAGAGGAUUUUGACGGGAGAAGAAACGUGUUUCAUGAGCAAAGUCAAAGUAAAGGUGCAUCUAAGCUUGGAUUGGGCAAAGUAGUAAAACAUUGCCAAGAGUUUGAGGAGGUCAUUGGGAGGCCAGGCAAUGAGAAAAGAAGAUGGUUUAAGCAACCGCCUUGGGAAGAAAGACUAAGGAAAGGUCAAGAGUUGGGCUGCCUGAUUUUACUGAAUAAUCUGGAUCCAUCCUGCACGUCAAAUGAAGUUGAGGAUCUUAUUUGGCAUACCCUCAAUGAGAUAGUUGAGGCAAAGAUGGUAGAAUGGAGCCCUACUUUCAAUCCACAUUAUGGUAGAGCAUUUGUUGUCUUCAAGACAAAAGAUGCUGCUGAAUCUGCCUUAUCUCAGUUGAAUAAGAGAUGCCUAAUUCUUGGAGAUGGAAGGGUUGUCAGUGCCAUGAAAGGAAGGAUAAGAGAAAAUAGCGAACAAACUAACUUCCCAGGCCAUUUUGUCAUGGACAGAUUUGAUCUUCAUAAGCAAACUGAGGAGAUGAAAAAUGCACUAUCAACGUCGCAUUGUGCACAGCCCAAUACAAUUGAAUACCAAAUGGCUUUUGAUUGGCGUAAACUACAGCAUAAGUCAGAUGUAUGGUGGAAUGCAUUAUAUCAGGAACAGAAGGAGGAGAUACAUGAUGUUAUAAGAAGACUCACUAUAAAGUGCAAUUUUUGAGGGCUAAGUGAAAUCAUAUAUGCUUUGUAGGAGUUAUUAUGUUUCUUAUUUGACUUCAUAAAGAACAAUCUAUAGAACAUUGAGAACUUUGACACAUGCAUACUUUUGCUUCAACAAAUAGGAUUAGGAUAGUGGGGGAAUUUAAGCAUGC